CACCGUAAAAAUGGUUAUUAAACAGUGUCAAUGACAUUUUCCUAACUUGUCUGAACCAUUUUCCACCCCAUAUUGAUUUUUUCGCGUACAUCCGUUGCAUGUCUAGAACAUUUCUGAUUCCAUGAAAUAAUCAAUAUUCGUAUUAUUCUCGUUAGUCGACGGUUUCCAGUGGAAAAGUCGCAGUUUGCAAGCAAGAACUCGCCGAUAAACAACCCCCUGUCUCACUCCGUAUUUAAUCCUUCCUCGAAGCUAACAAUGAUACAAAAUAAUGGAACAUAGAAGUGACGAGAUUAAAUUAGGGGGAAUAAGUAAAGUGUCUUUGCCAUUUUAUGAACCCCCGCCGAGGAAAACCAGUGCGGAAAUUAUCAACGAAGCGCGACUUGCUAUAAGAGAAUCACAAAUGGCUGAGAGCUCGUUUAUCUCAACUCCUAUUAAGCCUUUGCAAACCCAAAGGCCCUUCACACCAAGAAACAAGGAAAGGCUACUGUUUGGCAAAAAAAACAAAGCGAAUCGACCGCCGAGUUCGUUCAGUCUCCGAUACCUCCAAAAUGAAGCGGAAAUACCAACCAACGUCCCCGAUUCAAACAUGAUUUUAAGCCCUCACAUGUUAUCAACAACCACGAAACCAAUUCCACCAAAAACCACCUCUCGACCCAUUUUCACCAAACAACGUUCAAACUCAUUAUCCGAAGUCAACGACAACAAAAUUUUCAACAUCGGAAUCAAAGAAAUAUCUCUCAAUAAAGUCAGACUGCCUUCACUGGACCACAUGAAACCGUUGCAAAAACGAAAAUUUUUUAACACUUCAUCUCUCGAUAAUUUACCCGAAGAACAAGAAUCUCCCGACUCGAAAACCGAACGCAAAGCUUUUAGUUCUCCACAAGAACGCACAGAUUUCAACGACGAUGACUCUCCAUUCGGGCGAUCGUCCAGCAAACAGAAAAAUCUCUCUCAAUGUCUUCUCUUGGGUCCACAAAACUUGAAUAAAAUAUUCGAUAAUAGACACAUUAUUGAGAAUUCUGAGACGCUGUUUAUCGGGACAGGUUACUUGAAUAGGGGGCAUAGUCCACAGCGUAGAAAUAAAGUACAAAAUUCAAUUUUAGAAAGUAAAGAAAGAACGGUCGAUAAUGUUAUCGAUGAUUUGAAUAAUGAGAGCAACAGAAUCGACAAUGAGGACCUCGUCAUUGAACUAUUGGAAGAACUUUAUGAAAAAAUGGAAAAAGAUAAUUUACUCUCGUCGAAAAUCAACUCGAAAAUGAAGAUUCAUGUUCUGAAAGCUUUGUACAAGUUUGUGGAAUCGCAGAAUGAGAAGCUUUUGUUGAAUAUUGCGAGGGUGAUUUUGGCGCUGAAAGUAACUGGAAAUAAUCUCAGCGGGGUUUGUAAAUUGAUUUUCAAAGUGUCCAAGAAUGACAAAAACGAUUACUUAUUCUUCCAGAAAAAUAUUUUAGAAUUAUUUUUGGACGCUUUGGGCCGUUCAAGCCCAUUGGACGAUGCCGAGGCUUGCGUAUACGGUUACGGUUCCGUCAAAUUUUUAACAAUGAAUACGCAAUUAUUAGAUAAAAUUUUAUCCUUGGGGAUAUUACAGCUGAUGGUUUUACAUAUUAAAAUUAUUAAUAAUGCUAAAAUGGAUAAAACACAAAUGCCUGAACAAACCAAUCAUGCUUUGUUCCAACUAACUGGUGCCUUACGAAACAUAGUUUCAGAAGAAAAUAUUUAUGAAACAUUUAUAUCGUGUGGAGCGAUUCAACAAUUAUGUCAAACAAUGGAUCUUUUCUCUGCAGAUUUGGAUAUUAUUAGUAACAUAUCACGCAUUUUCAGUACAAUAUCAACCAACGAUUGCUGUUGUGAUAGCUUAGUUGAAUAUAAAGAUAUUUAUAAAGUGAUUAUCCAUUUAUUUGAUAAAUAUCCCGGGAAUGAAGAAAUUAUUGUACGAUUGGCGUACACUUUAGGAAACAUUGUUGCUAAAAUUGAUAAUACCCGAGUCAAAUUUUAUCAUGAGAAAAAUUCAGUAAACAGUCUCCUCAACCUGUGGAAAAUUUACUUAGAACGGACGCUAAAAAUCUGCUCCCUGAAAACCGACAACGAAUUAAUUGAAAACGGAAAUCCGGAAGACGUCAUGAUUAAAGUAAUUCGAGUCAUUGCAAACGUGAUUAUAAAUCCAGAUAUUGGGAAAGCCGUCAAUGAGUCCUACGGCUGUCUCCUCAUCGAUGAAUUUUUGAAAGUCUUAAUCAGCAAUCCGUUCAAAAAGAACGAAGAACUCGUCAUGUCCAUUUUGAGUACCUUAAACAACUUAUCCUAUUAUUACACCUCCGACAUGGAAACCGACAUUUUCCACAUAAAACAAGUGGAAAUCGUUGAGGGAAUCACCGAAUAUGCAAGAUCGCGCAACAAGGAAUGCGUAAUCGAGUCGAUGAGAAUAAUGGGUAACUUAUCGCGGUCUAAAAUAACAAGAGAUUACAUCACGGAAUCGGAAGUAUUCAAAAUUCUUCUAAACAUUCUAGACAAAGCCGAUUUGACUCUCCUCAAAACAACGAUCGGAGUUUUCGUAAACUUGAUGGCAGACAACAAAUCGCGAAAUUUGUUCAAGAAUCAGGGAGGAAUCGCGAAGUUGAUCACAAUUUUGAAAAACUACGGACAAAAUGACUGGUUAUUGGGGAUGUUGGUGUGUCAAGUCAUUUGGAAUUACUGUAUUGAUACAAUGGAUUUGUACGAACUUAUCCCCGAUGAUGAGAUUCAACAAUUACUAGUAAUCUUAGCCGAUUAUCUUGAUGAAGAAAAAUUGUUUGGAGUCACUGAAGGAUCAGAGGAUGCGGAAGUAUACGUGACACAAGAAUACUUAAUUUGGGAGGAGUUUGCAAGCGUCGCGACUAAUUUAUUGGAGAAAAUUGAGUACUUUUUAGAUACUUUUGACCAAAUUCAUAUAGAAAGUGAAACGACGCUUACUAAGGAUUCGAGUACAAAUCUCAGUUUUGCAGCUUGGUAAUAAUCCCUUAUUUAUGCUAGGCUGAAAGACAGGUUAUAUAGAUGAACUUUUUUUAUUUAUACAAAUAUAUUUUAUUGAUUGUUUUUAUCGUUAUUUACAUUUACAAAUUUUUAACUUACGUUACUUAAAUUAUAAAUUUACAUUCUACUACCUAUAAUAAUAAACUAAU